AUGGCGUGUCGUGGAUUUCUGCAGUGCUUAUUGAAGCUCUUCAACCUCGCGCUCGCGCUCGUCGGCGUGCUCCUCCUCGUCUUCUCCAUUUCCCGUCUCCUUCGUCUAGAUCCGGACAUCUUCCCCCCUCCAGCACCCCCUCCGCUCCUUCCCCCUUCUCCGCCUCCGCUCACUCCCCCCACUUCUCCCCCUCCCCCACUUCACUCUCCGCCUCCUCCUCGUCACUCCCCCCCUCCGCCUCUCCACUCUCCGCCUCCCCCUCCGCAAUCUCCGCCACCGUCUCCACCUGCUCCCGCGCCGGGUCCUGCUUCCGCAAACGGUCUAAUUUCCGAAGAAACGAUCCUGCAGAGCGUGGCGUCAAGGCAGACAUUCGCGGCCACGCGGAAACUCGCCGCGGCGUUGGGUGCUGAGCGAGGCGUGUCCCUUCUCGAAAUCGACACGCGGGACGGCGCGAGUAGCAUUGCCGCACAUGACGGUGCGAGCAGCGGAGGUGGUGCUUCGGUCGUUGCUGCCCCGCCGCAGAUCGAGCUACCGCGAUUCUGGUUCAUCUACCUCAUGAUUGGAGUGGGUGCGUUUCUCACGCUUGUGACUUUAGUGGGUGCCAUAGCCGCGGAGACCAACAGCACGUUCUGUCUCGCCUUCUAUCAGUUCGGUCUGUGUCUUCUGAUACUGUUCGAGUGCGUCGCAACAGCACUCAUUUGGCUUGAGGACGUGCCUGUCGACCCGACAGGCGAGUACGACACGUACCAACGCUACGUCCUGGCGAACCAAGACAGAAGCAGGCUGGCAAUGGCUGGCCUCGUGCUCAUUGAGGUAGCGGCACUGCUGGUCGCGAUGAUGCUACGUGCGGCACAGGACGAUGCGAGCCAGGCAGAGGAUGACGACGAUUACAUCACAGGAGGCAUGGGUCGAGGAAUGGGAGGAGGAGCAGGAGGAGGAUUCGGAGGAGCGGGAGUAGGAAUCGGAGGAGGCGGAGGAGGAGGUGGAGGGCAGGGUAGGCUGCGUCAACCACUUGUGUAUCGUGGCGCUUACCCCACGGCUCCGGCUUAUCCUACUGCCGUGGGGGCUGGGGUGGGAGGAGCGGUGGGGAGUGGUGGAGCAGGGCUGGGAGGUGUGUAUCAUGGUGCAGGGGCUUCGGGAGUGGUGGGAGGAGGUGUAGGGGCGGCGGGGCAGACGCAUGUGCCGCUGACUGAUGCUUGGCGACAGAGACUGCUGGAGAAGUAUGGUUUGGACGCGCAUGAUUUCAACUACGGACCACCUCCAGGCCAUUCCCAAGCCGCUGCCCCUCCCCCAUCUGCCCCUCGCUCCUCAGGGUGUUCCAUAAUAUUCAUCGCUUCGACAACGGGCAAAUGGAUAGUACCUUUCUUUUGUGAAGCGCCAAAACUCCGCCUUUCCUUGCCCCGUUCCCCUCCUGCGCGCCGACUUGCGGUUUCCGCGUCCUCCUCCUCUUCCGCCGACUCCUCGCUUGAUUCCUCCGAUUCCUUCUCCCCCACCUCCACUUCCGCCUAUGCCACCGCUCCCCCGCUCCCCCACGACUUCUCCCCGCGCCCUCUCCCCUUCGACCCGCAGCUUCUGCGCGGACUGAAGCUCAUAUGGGCCGCGGAGCCCGCGCAAGGGCACCACAUGGAGGGCCAUCCGGAGAGCAACGAGCGUGUGGUGGGAGUGAUUAAGGAACUGCAAGACUCUGGACUCACAGAACAGGGACGUCCUGGCGAGUUGCUACAUCUCUCGUCGUUCCUCCCGGCCACGCCCCUCGACAUCUCUGCAGUUCACAGCCCCAAGUACAUGCGCGCCUUCGAACAGUCCAUGGAAGCAGCAGCAGAUGAGGGACUUGUGUAUCUAGACGGCUCCGGACCGACUUUUGCCACUGUCACGACCUUCAGUGACACGUUGAGUGCAUGUGGUGCGGGCCUCACACUCAUCGAUGCUCUCGUAGAAGCAGAGAAGAUCAACCCAACAGCGGCCCCACCAGCGGGGUUCGCCCUGGUGCGCCCGCCCGGGCACCAUGCGGUGCAUUCAAGCGCCAUGGGCUUCUGUCUCGUGGACCACGUCGCUGUGGCAGCACGGUACGCGCAGAGCAAGGGGCUCAAGCGCGUGUUCAUAUUGGACUUUGACGUGCACCAUGGCAACGGCACGCACGACCUGUUCUACAAUGAUCCGGACGUGUUCUUCAUGUCCACGCACCAGGAGGGGACAUAUCCUGGCACGGGUCGGUUGGAUGAGGUGGGGCAAGGGGCAGGCGAGGGCACAACUAUAAACAUUCCGCUGCCCGGAGGGGCGGGAGAUCUUGCCAUGGCAGCCGUUGUGGACCGGCUUGUAGCACCGGCUGUAGCACGGUUCAAACCAGAUAUUAUUCUAGUGUCCGCUGGGUGA